GAGAGUGAAGCUAUUCGGAAGUGCUCCGUUCUGGCGACGCUAUCCGCGGGGAUUUGAUGGAAAGAAUUCUUCUGGUUCCUUCUACCAAAGAUGAAGCAGGAAGCUUUCCGAACAGCAGCCUAUACUGUGGAAUGUAAGGAUUAUGUGCAUGUGGUAGAAUUCAAUCCAUUUGACUGUGGCACUGCAGAAUCACUCAUUGCAUAUGGCGGCAAUAAUUACGUAGUUGUCGGGACUUGCAGAUUCCAGGAAGAAGAUACAGCAGUGGAAGGAAUACAGUAUAAAACUCUCAGGACUUUUCAACAUGAAAGCAGAGUUGAUGCCAUUGUGUGGAGCCCAGAAACUAGACUGGAUGCUGUACCUCCCCAUAUAAGAUUUUGUACUGCUGCUGCUGAUAGGAAGUUAAGGUUAUUCACAUCGGACCUCAAAGAUAAGAAUGAAUAUAAGACUUUGGAAGGCCAUUCAGAUUACAUUAAUGAUUUGGUAUUUUCACCUAAAGGUCAAGAAAUUGCAAGUGUGAGUGAUGACCACACAUGCAGAGUCUGGGAUUUAGAAGGACAUUUAAGAGCUUAUUUUGUUCUACGUUCUCCUGGAAUGAGUGUGGGCUGGCAUCCUGAGGAUGCAUUCAAGUUGAUGGUAGCAGAAAAGAAUGGAACGAUUCGAUUCUAUGAUCUUGUGACACAUCAGGCUAUAUUGUCUCUCACAACUGAUCAAACACCACUAAUGUCAGCAAGCUGGUGCCUAAAAAAUACUUUUAAAGUUGGAGCAGUUGCAGGAAAUGACUGGUUUAUCUGGGACAUUACUCGAUCUAGUUACCCUUUGGAUAAGAGGCCUGUCCAUGCAGAUAGAGCCAGAUUAUUUAGAUGGUCCCGAGUGAAUGAAAACUUGUUCGCUACUACUGGCUAUCCAGGAAAAAUGAUCAGUCAACUUCUAGUUCAUCAUUUAGGCCACCCUCAGGGAUCUGGUUUAACCUGGCACAGGACUCUUCCACUAUGUGCCAUGGGAGGAGAUCAUAAAGUAUAUUUUUGGGUGACUGAAAUGUAAAAAACUAUAUCUACUCUAUAGUGGUUUAAAGUAUCAGAUAAUGAUUAAGAGAGGGGAGAGUUGAAGUAAUAUAGUUGUCUUAUUUUAUACUUUUUUUUUUACAGAAACAUUACUUUUGAACAAAGUUCUGAAGUUUUUAAACUACUUUGUUUCUAGUUUUAGAAGUGCAGCUGGAUUUAGCAGGGCAUUGUACUCAAUGUUUUCUGUGCAAAUCUUCUUGAAAUAAUCUCUUGUGCAAAUCUUCAUUUGUUUAAAAGAAGUGCAGUCAAGAGAAACAGUUAAAAUAGAUAGCCUAUAUGGAAAGAUAUAUACUUUCAUAUCAUUACCAGCAAAGUAAGAGUGGCUAAAAAUGUUCAUUCAUAUCCCAUCUCAGCCUGGAAUGACAAAGCAUAGCAAAAUCUCUAAAAGUGAAUAUUUUUAAUACAAAUUGAUUCCUGAUAUGAACGUGUAUAUCUGUGAUACCAAGAAAUGCUAUGCUACUAUAGAUAGCGAGGCAUGAUGUGGUUACAAUAAAUAACCUCACUUAUUGGCUGCUAACUUUUACAACUGAAUCUAUUGAGAAAAAAGACAAAUCCAAAACAGUAACAAACAGGUAGUCAAUUUCUACAAUGAAAUUAAAUUGUAUACUUAACAGAUGUUAAGAACCUUUUUUUUAACAGAUGUUAAGAACCUUUUUUUUAACAGAUGUUAAGAACCUUUUUUGGGGGGCGGUUCAUGAUAAAUGAGAAUGAGAUAAAUGAGAAGUCAGUUUUUUCAGGUUGCUGAAUAAUGGGCAAAAUCCAUCCUUUAGUUCAGGCAUGUCAAACUCGUGACAUCACGUGGCGUCGCACAACGUAUCACGACUUUUCCCCCAUUGCUGGCAAUGGGGUAGGUGCGGUUUCAGUAUGAUGCAUCCGGCCCACAGGCCGGCAGUUUGACAUGCCUGCUUUAGUUGCUUGAAAAUUAAAAAUGCCCAUAAGCUUCCAUUCUGAUUAGGACUGCACAAUGUUUUUGAAGAUUGAGCUGUAAUAAAGACUGUAAUUUUCACAACU